AGGUGACCACAUGACACCCGGCGAGUUCCCUGAAGAAAACGCAUCCUCGUCGUAGGUUUGGGUUCGGAGCGAGGUUUGGUUUGGACUUUGAAGAGCAACACAAUAAGCACUUGGCACUCACUGGCACUUGCUUCGCUUUACCCUCCAUCACCCGCCACUACAAAACUAUACCCCCACUUCCUUCUUCCAACCUUUUUCUCUUCUCUCUCUCUCAACUCAACUAGUUUCACCACUUAUUACAGAAAGUUCUCUUUUUUUUAUCUUCUUCUUUCUGCCUCCGAAUUACCACUCUCUUGCUUUGCUAUCUUACAGGAAGAGGAUCAAAAUACCCCACCAUAAGACAAAUCCAAAGGAACAGCAACAUCAAUUAUGGGAGGUUUCAAUGGAGAAGAAGGUGUUGUGAGAGAAAAAGAAGAAGAAAACAAGUGGCCUUCAUGGCUGCAGCCACUUCUCAAGACACGUUUCUUUGUUCAAUGCAAAGUCCACGCAGAUUCCCACAAGAGUGAAUGCAAUAUGUAUUGCUUGGACUGUGUGAAUGGAGCCCUUUGCUCUGCAUGUCUCGCUUCCCACAAAGAACACAGAAUAAUUCAGAUAAGGAGGUCUUCGUACCAUGAUGUGAUAAGGGUGUCUGAGAUACAGAAAUUUCUGGACAUAACAGGGGUCCAAACUUACAUUAUAAACAGUGCCAAGAUUGUGUUCUUAAAUGAAAGGCCCCAACCUAGACCUGGAAAAGGGGUCACCAAUACCUGCCAAGUCUGUGAACGCAGCCUCCUUGAUUCCUUCAACUUCUGCUCUCUUGGUUGCAAGAUUGUUGGAACCUCCAAAAAGUUCCGGAAGAAGAAAAUGUUAGGUGAGGCAGAUGGGUCUGAUGGUGAAGAAUCAGUAAAUGGCAUAAUAAGCAAUGCAAGUGCCAGAAACAAAAUCCAUAGCUUUACACCCUCAACACCACCACCAACAGUGGUUAAUUACAGAACUGCCAAGAGGAGAAAAGGAAUUCCACAUAGAGCUCCAAUGGGUGGAGAGCUUAUUAUAGAAUACUAAUGUUGUAUAGUGGUUUUCUGUCACUUACCAAUCAAUAUUUAUGCCAAAAAGAUACAGCAGUUGUUACCACUUCCUUGGGUGGCACCCUCAGAAAAAAAAAAAAAAAAACUAUGCUCCAUAUAUAUUUUAUGUAGUUGCAAUACCUGUGCCCUGUCACUGAGGCCGGUGUUGGGAACUACUGCUUUAUCUUGUAUAAGACAAAAAAAUAGGAUGAAAAAUGUGUCAAAAAGUAAGUAAUAAUAUAACAGAGUGGGGAGUACAUUAUGUUGAUAUGUGAUGCUAAAUGUACAUAGUGGCUUGUAGAAAGGAAUUGUAGAGCAAUAGAAUCAAAUUAGACAAUAAAAAAAUAUUAUGAACUCAUGAUGGGUAUUAAUUAUAUUCUCUUGGUUUGGUA